AUGCUUUAUUUAAUUGAAAAUAAUAUUUUUAUGAAACGAAAUCAUUUAUGUAUUGAGAAUUUUUUUGUUAUUGUUCAAUGUAAUACUAAUCCUUGUCAACUAGGUGGUUAUUUCAACCCACCUAACUAUAAUUGUAUUCAAUUAUUAAAUGAACCCAAUGUUAUUUGUACAUGUCCUAAUGGACAAGGACGAAAAAAUACUCCAUGUCGUGUUUGUGAUCAUGUUCAUUGUGGUCCCAAUGGAGUUUGUAUUGAAGCAGAUUGGUUUCCAAAUUCAUUUUAUGCUUGUUCAUGUACGACUGGUACAUAUAAUUAUGUUACUUCAGAACCAUGUUCAGGUAUUACUCCAACAGCAACUCCAACAACAACAACUCCAACAACAACAACAGUAACUCCAACCACAACUGUUUCUUCUACUUUAGUGCCUAUCCAUUGUCUUAAUGGUGGUGUUUAUAAUGUCGCAACAGCUACAUGUAUUUGUCAAACUGGUUUCGCAGGAUUUCAGUGUGAAACAUCUAUUGGUAUGGUAUUUUUUUUUUCGUUUGUUAUUAAUAUUGUCUGUAUAGGUCAAGAACUUUGUCGAAAAAUAACUUGUGUUAAUGGUGGUGUUUGUAAUCCCGUACCUACAGCUAAUAAUGGCAUUGAAGCACAAUGUUGGUGUCUAAACGGUUUUUCUGGUUCUAAUUGUGAAUUGAUCGGUACACAGGGUGGAUGCCACUCGAAUCUUUGUCAAAAUGGUGGUGUAUGUGAAGAAAGAAAACUUGGCGCUUCACUCUUUGCUUAUUGUCAAUGUCCGCCUGGUUUUAGUGGACGAUACUGUGAAAGACAUUAUUUUACAUGUUCUCAUUCGGGUUUAUUUGAAGAUUCGGUUAAUUGUAGAUUUGGUCGAUAUUUCCAGUGUGUCGAUACAGUUGCAAUAAUACGUUCAUGUUCACGCGGUUUUCGUUUUAAUUCAAUCAAAAUGCAAUGCGACGCGAAUGGUUCUUGUCCAUGA